AUGCAGUAUGGGAAGCUGGAGGAGUUUGUGACUCUGGUGACAGAUGGUUCCGGAGCUGCUGACCUUCAGGCAGAGGGUCCAACUCAUCCUGGGACUGAGAGCGAGGGGGGUCCCUGGUUCAGGCCCUGGUUGGAGCGAGGAGAGGUCCCUGGUUCAGGCCCUGGUUGGAGCGAGGAGAGGUCCCUGGUUCAGGCCCUGGUUGGAGCGAGGAGAGGUCCCUGGUUCAGGCCCUGGUUGGAGCAAGGAGAGGUCCCUGGUUCAGGCCCUGGUUGGAGCAAGGAGAGGUCCCUGGUUCAGGCCCUGGUUGGAGCAAGGAGAGGUCCCUGGUUCAGGCCCUGGUGGGGGUGUGGACAGGGCCCUGGUGGGGGCGAGGAGAAGUCCCUGGUUGGGGUGAGGAGAGGGCCCUGGUUGGUGCGAGGACAGGGCCCUGGUGCGGCCUUGGUUGGAGCGAGGACAGGGCCGUGGUUGGGGCGAGGGGAGGGCCCUGGUGCGGGCCCUGGAUGGGGCGAGAGGAGGGCCCUGGUUGGGGCGAGAGGAGGGCCCUGGUGCGGGCCCUGGUUGGGGCGCGGAGAGAGAUGGAAGCUGUUCUACUUAUUAUUCUCAACCUCUCAGACAGCAUCUAUUCUCAACCUGACCCUUACUGACCUGGAGGAGUGUGAGCAGUCUGUCUCUGUCUCUGACCCUGAGCAUCUGAAGACACUGCUGCAGCAUCAUAGACAUCCUGGGCACCUUAAAGAAGAUGUUCUCUUCUACGACUCUGAUACCAUCCUGUCCACAUUGUUCCUCCUCGUUCCCUCACUGGAGUCUAAACCGACCCAGAGAGGUGGAGGAAAAGGCAGGGUGAAGACGGAGUGAUGUGACGACAGAAGGAAGGAAAGACAGAAAGAAUUGGAGCAUGGCGAGGAGGGACAGCAAGAAGUCAGCGGGGAAGAUGAAGACACCAAUGAGGAAAGUGAUGAGGACACUAAAAGACUGGAAGAGGCUGGGAACUCUGGGCAGCAGAAACGGCCAUCAGGGGCCGUCAAUGGACAAGCUAAAGCCGAGCCCCCACAGUCCCAGGGCUUCUGCUCACAGUGUCAAUUCUCUGACAGGCGAUAGACCACCCUCCAAGAGCAUGUCAUGAAGAACCAUCCGAAUGAGGACAGCAGGAUCCUGGGCUCUGGAGAAGCUGGAGCUGAGAACAACUCCCUGCCUGUCAGUGAGACAGAGAACUCCUAAGUCAAGAAGACCAGGGAGAACAGGUACAUUUGUUCCCAGUGUGGGAAGGGUCACAAAAACUAAUCUGACCUGAGACGACAUGAAACAGUUCACUCUGAGGCAAAGCCGUUCCAUUGUGACCAGUGUGAGAAGAAAUUUCAUUCAAAUGUGGCUCUGAAAUAGCACCGUCGAGUUCACACUGGAGAAAGGCCAUACGUUUGCUCACAUUGUGGCAGGGGCUUUAGGAACACGGAAGUCUUGAAAUCACAUGUACGCACUCACACUGGGGAGCGACCUUUUGUCUGUUCCAUCUGUGGGAAGGGAUGAAACCAACAGCGAAUACUAGUAGGUCACCUCAGGUGGCAUAGAGGGGAGAAACCGUUCUCGUGUACCGUUUUUGGAAAUAUUGUUUCGUACCUUAGGUGCCUUGUUGGUGCACUGACUAACACACACGGAUGAACGCCCCAAAAUCUGUGAGCAUUGUGGGAAGAGGUUUUAGAAGAGCUUGCGAUCUCACAGUACAUCGGCAGAUCCACACAGGCGAGCGGCCGUUCUCCUGCACAGAGUGUGACAAAUGCUUCACCUCCCACAGCGACCUUAGCAGACACAAGCGAAUUCAAACAGGAGAGAAACCUUACAAGUGUAGAAUGUGCAGUAAGAGGUUCACUGAAAGUGGCAACCUGAAAGUAUACCAGCGGAUUCAUCGGGAAAAGGCCACAUUUACAGGUUUCAGUGAGUAAUAUCAGUACAGUCCACCACCAGUCACCAAGUGUGGCAAGAAAGACAAACAAACACACAUUAUAUUGGGGAUUUUUUUUUCUUCCUGUUUAUAACAUAAUUGUUAUUUCAUAAUAACAAAUGAUUGACUUGCAUCGUAAUAUGAUCUUUCUCGUAAUAAUAAGGUAAUUGGUUAUUUUGUUUCUCCAAGUGGCAGCUUUUCGACACCGUAUAUUAGGUAAUCACACAAAUAUUAAUUGAAUCCUGCCCACUAACAGUCACCGACAUGAAAGCUAGUCAGUCAGGGAGUGUCGAACAUUUGAAAACAGAUUGCUACAGGAGUACAGGGCAUUGUGCUCUAUAGGACUCUACAGAACUCUACGGUGGUGAAGAUAAAGGGAUGCUCGCUAGAAUUAUAGUUUGACCACGGAACGUGACUUGACAUAACCACCUUAUCAUAUACAGUUGAAGUCGGAAGUUUACAUACACUUAGGUUGGAGUCAUUAAAACUUGUUUUUCAA